CAGAAGAGAAGCAAAGAUCUGAUCAGAGGAAGACGGCAGAGACGGUGAGGACAACUGGUCACCUGAAAACUAAACGCCUGAGCAGGAGGCCAGACGCAUUUCUGGAGGACAUUUAAUCAGCUGAUAAAAGAUGGCGCAGCAGCAGGAAGUCCAGCAGGAAGUGGAUUUUGAGGAAAAACUUUUCAAGGUUCGCUCUGAGUUUGUGAAGGAAGUUUCUGAGGAAAUCCUGAAACGGCUCCUUGAUGAGCUUCUAUCAGAUGAGGUGUUUGGUGAUUUGGAGGAUGAGGGUAUACUGCAGAUGAACCGAACCAGAGCAGACAAGGCCCGCGACACCAUAGAUGCUGUGAGAAAGAAAGGACAGAGAGCCUGCAGGUUGAUGAUCAAACAUCUUCAUCACAUGGAUCCAACUCUGUCCAACCAGCUGGGUUUGUCCUCUGCCUCCUUUGGUCCAGAUAUUGUUGGUCUGUAUCAGCCUGACCUUAAAGCAUCUCUGAAGAUGAUGUUCCAGAGUCUCUCUGAAGGCUUCGCUGAACAUGGAAAUAAAACCGAUCUGAACCAGAUCUACACUGAGCUCUACAUCACAGAGGGGUCAACUAGAGAGGUCAACCAGGAACAUGAGGUCAGACAGAUUGAAACAGCAUCCAGGAAUCAAGAAACAGUCAGAAGAGAAGACAUCUUUAAAGUCCCACCUGGAGGAGAUCAACCAAUCAGAACAGUGAUGACCAUGGGCGUGGCUGGCAUUGGGAAAACACUGUUAACACAGAAGUUCACUCUGGACUGGGCUGAAGGCAAAACCAACCAGAACAUUGAACAUUCAAACCUCCACUAACAAAAGCUGCAAAGUAUCUUGUUGAACAAAGACAAU